AUGAAUAUGCAAUUUUGGAAUAUCCAACCUUGUGAUUCCUUAUUUUAACAAUUCUAAAAAAACGGGAAAAUAACUCGGACUGACUUGGUUAAUAUUUUGAAGAUGACUAAUUACAAUGAAAUGUAAAUAAACAAUGUGUUAUCGAAAUUCAAUGAUGAUGAAAUAAGUAAAAGUAAUUCAUUUAUGCUUAGCAUCAUGGUUUAAAAUAUGCCCACUUAUAGAUUCCCCACUCAACCACAGCCACCCAUCCCCCAGCAAGUUGAGUAAGAUUGGAAUCAGCAAAAAGUUACUUAAGAAUAAUAAUAAUAAAUCUAUGAGGAAUUCAAAACACUUUUAAAAGGCUAAGAAUACGACAAGGCAGCGAAUUUCCUAUAGUAGUAUAAGGAAAUGGAUUUGGUGAAUGUAAUUGAUUCGCAAAGCAAAUAGAUCUGUUCGUAUAUAGUGGUGUAAUUUGAUAAUGAAGGAUUGGCACUGAAAUUUCUGUCGUUAUUGACAGAUUUUAGAGUUAAUUUAAAUUUUAAGGAUGGUUUAAAAUAAUCAAUACUCUUUUACAUCUGCAGAGAUGGUAAACUGAAAUUACUUGAUUUUGUAUUAUCAUAGAAGGCAGUAAACAUUAAUGAUCAAGAUUAAUAUGGAUAAACACCUUUGUUUUAUGCAGCCAGAGAUAAUAAAAUAGAUAUUGUGACAAAACUUGUUUCAGUUGGAGCAAAUGUCAAUUUAGUGGACACUCUCUCCAAUCAAACUGCUUUAUUCUAUUCAGCCAGAGAAGGACAUGCUGAAAUCUGUAAAAUCUUGAUAGAUAAUGGCUGUAAUCCAAAUCAUCAAGAUCAACACAAAAAGACAGCCUAAUUCUUUGCCAAGAGAUUUUAGAGGAAGGAAGUUAUGGAACUAUUCAAUUCGUAUUUUGGAAAGAGUAAAGAUGACUUUAAACAAAAUUCUAAUUAUAAUAAUAAUGAGAAUAGCAAAGGAGAACAACCCAAAUAAUAGAAGAAGAAAAAUAAGGAUUUACCAAAAUAAGCUUAUAAAUUAAUGUUUACUGAUGAAUAUGGUAAUCUAUAGGAAAUUACUUCUACUGAAUUUGCGAGAUUUCAAUAGCAAUACCCUUAAAUUGCCAACUUAAUUAUAAAUGCUGAUGAAUUAAUUGACGAUAAUGUCUUGAAUUCCAUGAAGGAUGAUGAACUCUGGGAAAAGGUGGCUAAGAAGGUGUUGCAAAUAUUGUGGAAAGCAAAAGGAGCACAAUUGUUUCAUAAUCCUGUGGAUGAGAAAAAGUAUGGUAUCAAUGAUUAUUAUGAUAUCGUAAAAAGGCCUAUGGACUUUGGAACUGUUAAGCAAAAACUCAAUACAAAUCAAUACAAAAAUUGUAAAGAAUUCUAUAGUGACAUCCUUUUGGUGUUUGAUAAUUGUGUAUUAUAUAAUGGAUCAGAAAAUGAUAUUGGUUAGAUUGGACUCGCAUUGAAAUAGGAGUUCUUGAAUUAAGUAGAAUAGACUGGUCUUAAAAAACAUUUAUAAUGA